UCCACUGUACAGUUUCCAGAUUUCUGCACUCGGAGCAUUAAUGGAGUAUUGCAACGGAGAGACAGAGACCAAACGCCAAGUUACGUAAUUGCUUACGACAGAACCUACGAACAUAAUGUAGGCAUAGAUAGAAGCACUAGGGCAAUUCUUGGUCCAUUAAUGGACUUUGGGUGGUCAUUUGUGCGAUAGAUUUGUAGAGUAUGAUUGAGGAAAGUGACAUAAUUUACAUCCACAUCUUUGCUGGAGUGGUUUGGUGCCAGGAAAGCUCCUAGUAAUGUAAUGGAUUGCCAGGACGAUGGAGCUGCUUUUGUUAACAAUGGAAGUGGAGGGACACCAGUGCCGUGUGGGACCUUAGUGGGUUUUGACGUUUGUUCUUGCAAGGAAGUUUUGGGAUCGUGGUCCAGCCGCCCAUGAGUUCGAAAAUCCAACCAAACAAUAAUGCACAUUUGCACAUAAAGAUUAAGAAAGCUUCUUCAUUCAACUACAUUCUGAAACAGAGUUUUACUAAUAUUGAGAUUACGCAACAUACAAUUAGAGACCAAGUUGUUGUUGCGAACUAGUUUGUUAGGAGAUAGAGUGCAAUGUUCUAAUGGGAAAAAAACAUUAUAUUUGACAUUUUGAAAUCUAAUUUAUAGAAUUUUAUUCCAUUUAGAAAUCUUCUAGCAAGGCAAAAUUUCAAAAACUAGAUUUUUACCAACAUUAUGCAUGGAAUAGGUUUGAUGGGUCAAACAUAGUGAACCAAUCAUUAGUUUCCCCCCGCGCCCAAAUCGAUUGGAGAACCAUGCUUCCAGGAUUAGUUGUUGGAAGUCAGUUUUGGCCUGGAGUUGUCAAAAUUGGUGAACCAGCCCAAAUUCGUGGUUUGAAGCAGGGCUCGUUGUCAAGUGCUGAGUUGUUUAGAAAGAAUAGAAUCACAUGCAAAGUCGUCAAGGAGGAUGAUGAUGUCUCGUAUAAGCGUGAGGAACUCAGAAAGAAUCGACCUUUGGUCAAGAUGUGUGGCAUUACUUCUGCAAUGGAUGCGGCAAUGGCAGCAGAAGCUGGCGCUGAUUUUAUUGGGAUGAUUAUUUGGCCAAACUCGAAACGGUCUGUUUCACUUUCAAUUGCAAAGGAUAUUUCGAGAGCUGCAAGGGAGUACGGGGCACAACCUGUUGGCGUGUUUGUGGAUGAUGAUGCAGACACAAUACUAAGAGCCUCUGAUGCAGCAGACCUUGAAUUUGUUCAGCUUCAUGGAGACGGUUCUCGUGCUGCUUUUCCGGCAUUAGUCCAAGAGAACCGUAUAAUUUAUGUCCUUCAUGCUAAUGAAGAUGGAACUCUCUUGAACCAAAUUUCUGCUGAAGAGUGUUCUCUAGUUGAUUGGGUUCUUGUGGAUAGUGCAAUGGGUGGCAGUGGCAAGGGAUUCAAUUGGACACAAUUUAAGCUACCAAGCAUUAGGAGCAAGCACGGUUGGCUUUUGGCAGGAGGGAUAAAACCAGAGAAUGCUUCUGAGGCUCUUUCUAUUCUCAAACCCCAAGGAAUUGAUGUUAGUAGUGGCAUUUGCGGCCAAGAUGGUAUCCAGAAAGAUCCGUUGCGAGUAUCUUCAUUUAUGAGUGCAGUACAGUCAGUAAUCUAUUGAUCCAUCAAGGUUAGGCAGACAAGGAAGCGAUGAAGAAACAAGUUAUUUCAAGUUUUCAACAAUGCACAACAUUUUUCUGCAACAACCAUUGCUCUUGGUACUUUGAGACCUGUCAAAUAAAAGGAUAACUUUUUAAGCCCUUGGUGUUUUGUUGAAAACUGCAAACCAUAUACGCUACCUCAAAGGAUAACAGCCUACAAAACUUGACAAUUUGAUAUCCUAAAGUUUAAGAUCAGUUUCUCAUCAGUUUGAUAAAUACACAUGUAUAGUGAUCAUUCUUGAAGUACUUUACAAGGACACAGAAAAUGUAAUGGAAGAGGCAAAGAUUUCUUGGGCUCCCUUUAAUACUUCCCAAGCAUAGCUGCCCCCGUCUGAAAGUCACGAAAAUUACAUUACCCCAUUUUGUUUAUUUUUAAGCAAAUAGUUCAGGAGAAAG